AAGUGACGUCGCGAAGGUCUUGCCUUACACCCCCUGUCAGUUCAAGCUAGUUGGCAGGUGGGAGCUGUCAGAACAGUUUGGCUUUUCAAGUAUCAUUCACAGUGCGCAACAUUAUUUUAUUCCUGUCGUUACUCAAACAAAAAAUGUAAAUUGACUGAAAAGAACCGCUGUUGCUGGGUUCACGUCAAGUCAGUGCUAGCUUGAAGCUCACAAGCUAGCCAGCCAGCCACCUAGCUAACGUUACGUAGCUGUCAGUCAGCGAAGCUAGCGGCUCGGGUUGCUACACCACUACUGGGACGUUUACAGCCAGACACGUAAGAUCUGAAUAUUUUCUAUAAUGGACAAAGACGAAGCCGACCGGUUGAUAGAAAAGGCGAAGCUGUUGUUACGGUCAGGACGGAAGGACCGAGCGCUGCAGCUGCUCUACGAAGCCCAGAAUAUCUACCCCAGCACCCGGGCCAGAGUGCUUAUUGAUGCCAUUGUUAAAAAUGGAAGCAACGCUGCUCCAGAAGCGAACCACGUGCCCCCACCAAAAGGCUGGAGAGACGAGGACUGCGGAAACGCUGAGAAAAGUCACGUGAGUGGCGAUGACAAGAAGAGCUACACAGAAGAGCAGCGGCAGGGUGUUCUCAGGAUUAAGAAUUGCAAGGACUUUUACGAGAUCCUUGGUGUUCCCAAGAAUGCCAGCGAUGAGGAUCUGAAGAAGGCAUACAGAAAGUUAGCCCUGAAGUUUCACCCCGACAAGAACUUUGCACCAGGAGCCACAGAUGCAUUCAAAGCAAUAGGCAACGCUUACGCAGUGCUGAGCAAUCCAGAGAAGAGGCAGCAGUAUGAUCAGUAUGGAGAUCAAUCGGCAGCGGAGAGCACAUCACAACACACCACCCACCAUCGCCACGGACACUACCGAAGCUUCCACAGAGACUUUGAGGCUGAUAUUUCCCCUGAGGAGCUCUUCAACAUUUUCUUUGGGGGACGCUUCCCCACAGGAAACAUUCAUGUCUAUACCAACCAGGGAGCCUCCUACUCUCAGUUCUACCAGCCUCGUCGACGACGCGCUUAUGAGAGACGCGAAGAGGUGGUGGAGGAUAACCAGAGUCAAAACACCUUCACGGCUCUGCUGCAGCUGCUCCCUGUCCUUGUGCUGAUCCUCAUCUCAGUGUUCACUCAGAUGAUGGCCACCAACCCGCCCUACAGCCUCUUCUACAAGCCGUCCAUGGGGCUGGUGGUCUCCCGGGAAACGCAACACAUGGGCAUCCCAUACUAUGUGGAUAAAAGUUUUGAGAAGGAGUACCGUGGCGCUGCUCUGGACGAGCUGGAGAAGACGAUAGAGAGUGACUACAUUGAACAUUUGCAGAGCAGCUGCUGGAAAGAGAAGCAGCAGAAGUCAGACUUAGCCAACCUCGGGCAGCUGUACCGAGACGAGCGUCUAAAGCAGAAGGCUGAGUCGAUGCGGCUGGACAACUGUGAAAAGCUGCACAGACUGGUGGGACGUCAGAGAGGCAGCAAGUGAGGAUGGUCUGCUGAAGAGGACACUUUCUGUGUGCAGUCACACUCCGGUACAUUAUUCUGAUAUUUAUUAUUUUGAGGUCAUUUCUCUACUCGAGCCACAUUGGAAUGAAUCAGGUGCAGCAGAGUUGAUAACAAUGUGCCUUCUCUCCUCCGGGAUGGUAGGAUAUCAAAGUUGCAUGUCAGCUGCUUUGGUGGCCACAGCACUGUCAGUGUUUUACUAAGGCUCUGAUCCUGUUCAACUUUAUAUUUAUUUAUAUAUACAUACAUAUACAUAUAUGUGUGUGUGUAUAUAUAUAUAUAUAUAUAUAUAUAUAUAUAUAUACACACACACACACACGUAUAUAUGUAUAUGUAUAUGGUCUCUGUACGAGGUCAUUGUAUUAAGCUAUGUUUGUGUCCACACACAUUUUAUUUGUGUACGUAUUUAUUUUCUUGACUGUUUAGUAUCCUUGCCAGACAUCUGAAUAUUCAAUUAAUCACUACAGUGACUUUAAUAACUAUUCUUUGGACAAAUCACAGAGCUUCUGUACUGUGAAGUGAUGGAGCACCUUUUUUUAUUAUUAUUAUAUAUUCAUCAGAAAAUAGGAAGGACUGUGAUAUUUACACUGUGCUUGAUCACAUGCAUAUGUCACAAUGGAGAGUGUCCAUUGCUGCUUCUGUAUUGGAUGUUUAAAAGCUACAGAUGAGACUUUGGCUGUCAACUCAGGCUGAAGUGGUGUGUAAGGAUUGUACGUUUCUGAACCGAAACAACUGAAUUAGCUAUGUGGGAUUUAUGUUACAGUGGAUUAAUACUGCUACCUUUAGUUGUUCUCAAACUUCAUCUCAAGCACUUUUAUUAUCAUUUAACAUGACAUGAUUUAACGUUUUGUUCCUGUCGCAUGCGCCUUAGUCAGGAGUGUUUUUCUUACCUGUUUUACCAAGAGAUUUUAAAUCAAUGAAACAUCACACAGAUUUACUCCCACAAGUCAGAUAUAGUGAUUUGUCAGAAAAUGGAAAAAAGUCAAGUGGGUUGUUUGGUUUGUGUUCCUUUAUAGGUCAUUUGAAUGAAUGAGUCAAUUAUGUGUCCACCAGAAAGGGUCAGUACUGUA